CCCUCUCAACCACAGACACUCCUCCUGUGAGCUUUUGUGGGGCGGCUCCUGUCCCUCACGUCUCUUUGUGGGGGAAAGAGCAGACUUCCCAGAACAUCACUGGGAGACGACGCGGCAAGAUCUCCCCGGGGGAAAGAGACGUAGCAGAGUGCACGGAGCUCCACGGCCACGCCUGGACAGGGGGAGCAGAGAGCCACGCACCCCUCCCGCCCAGCCCUGGAUGACUUCCAGCCACAGGUUCAAAGCUGUGCAACCGGGAGAGCAAAUCAUCGGCAGAGGUCAGAGUCAGAGUUCAGCGUGUUAGUUCUGCAGACCGGCGGACCGAGAUCAGCUGACGGAGGAACCAGCCACUACUGAACACAAAGGUUAUCCUUUAAGUUUCUUUUUUGAAAAAAGUUAGUUUGAAGUGUGACCGACAACGUGUUUGCUGUUGUUUAAGUAUACAGCGUGUGAAGGGACGGCACAGUUAAAGAACGUUAUUCAGUUCUACAUUUUGUUUCUGUCUGCUGAACGUUUUGUGAAUAGUCGUCUCUGGAUAAGCAAAUCAGAUUCUCUAAGAGAAAGAACAUUGUGUGUGGUUCCUUUGCCACAGCGUUUUGAAUUCACCAGCCGGCUGCUUUAUCUCAAGUGUCCAGCUUUUACCGUGGAGCGGCUUCAAAGAGCCCAUUGAUAGCGCUCUCGGGGAGAACGUUAAACGGGGCUUAUGCGAAAGUCUUUCAAACUUUGUGGUGGAUGUUGCCUGUAGGAAGGAAAAGGGUAUAAAAGUGUAAAAAAUUAAAUACCACCAUGGGCGAAUGAUCCUGAUCCUCUCUCCGUACGGAGCGGUACGUGACUGAAGGGGGAGCAAACCGGGACACUGAGUAGAGGAGAUAUGUUCACCAGCUGUGGAGUGGUGAGCGGCCAGAGCCACUACCUGCCCAGGGAAGUGGUCCGGCCCCACCCGGGGCUCGAGUUCAACCGGCAGAUCCACCUGGAGGUGGGAGGCCCCCCGGGCUCCUGCCUCAGCUACCAGACUCCGGUGUAUCAAACCCCUGCUCAGUCCUCUGUGGGCAGCAAUGUUUUCCACCUGUCCAAACCGACUGCUGCACCACCCCCACCACCACCACCACCGCCCCCUCCGCCUCCACCGCCUUCAGCGUCGGCACCGGGUCCACCCAGCGCCCCCAAGCCGGGCCAGGGGGGCUUCAAGAAGAUCCUCCGCACCGAGGAGGACAGCCCCAGCCCCUUCCCAGGCCUGGCCUCGGGGGUGCUGGAGAUGCGGGUGAAGGAGGGCAGCAAGAUCCGCAACCUGAUGGGGUUCGCCAUGGCCCGCAUGCAGGGGGAGAAGCUGGACAGGGGUGUCGGGGGCGUCGCGGGCUCCGGGGGCGCCGGCGGCCUGAGGCAGGUGGUCUUCACCGGGUCAGGGCGGGCCGUCACCAAGACCAUCACCUGUGCCGAGAUCAUGAAGAGGAAGGUGGGAUCGCUGCACCAGCUGACCAAGCUGCGCUACAAGGGGGUGAAGGAGGUGUGGGAGAGCCACGACGGGGGCGCGUCAGAGAUGACCGUGCACCGGACCGUGCCCUCCAUCAGCAUCCUGCUCUCCAAAGACCCCCUGGACCCCCGGGAGCCCGGCUACCAGCCCCCCGAGACCCUGAGCGCUCUGUGGGAGGAGCGAGAGGGCGCGGACCCCCAGCCACCGGCGGCCUUCAAGAGACCCGCCGGCCCGCCGGCGUUCGGAGGGUACCCCGACUGUAAGAGGGCGUGUCUGGGUGAGGGGGGCGGCGUGGUGCUCCCGUCGCUGAGUGGCUGACCCGGGGCGAGCCGCGGCGGAGGAGAGAGACGAGAGAGAAGGAGGUGAGUCGGCGCUGCCCUCCUCUCAGCCACAGUGGCCAGACAAUCAGAGCACUUACUGAGACGGAACGGCGCUCUCCGGAAGAAAAGACUCGGGGAGUCGCCCCUCCGACCAGAGGUCAGUCCGCCGGGGACUUUCAGUCUCGCCUCUGUACGCGGACAGCAUUCACAAUGAUCCGUUCUCGGCAGGACGAGGUUUACUUACUUCCUGAGAGAAACUGAAAAGAAAACGAUGAUCAUGCUUGUUUCACUGUUGAUUCUGUAAUAAAAUGACUGUCCAUUUUAGAUCAACGUAACAAAAAGCCAUGAAUUCUGCGCGGUUACGGAUGACCGCUCGCGUUCAUCCCCCAGAAGAUUAACGACAGAAUGCCGUCAGCCCUUUACCUUUGGACCGAGAUCACUUUGACUGAGAGCACUUUUCUACUGUGACCUUUAAAAAUAUAAAAAGGUACGGCCAACAAGCUGAAAGAAUAUGUAAAAUGUUUAAAGCCAUCCAUGCUAUGACUAAUGCUAAAAACAGCACACGCUAUCUGUUGGAAUAGUGAAUACCCCAACGUCGUAAGUAAAAAAAAAAUGAAGACAGCGUUUGAUCUGCAUUGUGUUUUAUUUUUUGGGGUCCGACACGUCAAACAACAGCAUAUAAAAAUCGAAAUGAAAAAUGAAUAAAUAAAUAAAGAGAGGAAAAAUAAAAGCACAGUGUGCAGAUCCAUUGAUAAGGGGCGAUGUGGGGGAAAUUUGUCUGGAGUCAGAGCUGAUUUAACACCAGUGCUGUGAUAAGCCCUGGCUCCCCACACCAGCCCCCGUUGACAGAAAUGCCUGGGGCAGACGCAGCGCCACAGAUAAUCAUUAAGAUAACAACACAACAUCACACACAGGAAGUGAAGAAAAGGAUUAAAACUGGAGUUGACAGCACUGCACACUCCCGUUCGCCUGCAAAAAUAUGAAACCCAUGGCAACAUCUACACUCCCCUUCGACCGCGCUGCUCACUGGCUCAUCACAUCUCUUCUAUAUUGCCGUUAUUUUUUUUAUGUUGGACCAGUGUAACACAUCUGUUUAUGCAGGGUCUAUCACACUGGGCUUGGGUUCCACUAGUGAGCAAACUGGUUAUAGAUGACACACUGUGAACUUGUAUGCAUUAAUGUGUAUGCAGUCUGAACUAUCACACGUGAGGUUUGAGGUUAAGGUAAAAUAAUGAUACUACCAAUCCUAGGGUAAUGCCAACUGGAAACCUUCAUUGUAUUUUUCCAUUUUGAGCAGGUUGGAGUUCUAAGGCACUCACUGUGGCAGUGCAUUGUCUCCAUAGCCACCGUCAUGCAUUUCUUUGACAAAUAACCAAUAUUAGCAACUAAGGCAUGGAUAUUAAUGAAACCUGGCACAGAGGUGACAUGUGAUUAUCCAAUCUGCAUGCCUACUCACCGUGAAAUAAACCUACUCAGUCACAGCCUACAAAAAUGUAUAUGCUGUAUGUUAUUCAUGGAAGCAGUGACGACUUUCCAUUCUCUCUGUGGGCCAUGAAAAAAAGGAAAUGAAGAAUAAUAAUCCAUGGGUUAUGGCAAUUUGUCCAGCGCAUUAAAGAUUUCAGACAUUACCUCCAACGGUAACCCCUAGACAUAACUCAUCCUUGGAAGCCGUUCACUGGAGAAUAGUUUUAUCAAAGGAGACCUACGAAUGCUUAUCUUUUUUGCUUCUUUUUUGCUUUCCUGCUUAAUUAACCAUGUCCUCCCAGGCUAAUAACCUUUUCCAAAGUUGAGUCUUGUCUGAAACGUUUCGCACUUGAUCUUAAUGAAAAUCUGCAAAGCCCCAGCUCUGCCUAAUAAAGUAAAUGAAUCAAAGGGA